AUGUUGAUAAUACUGUUGUGUUUACCAUGCAUACUAUCUGCGCCUUUGCAUAUGCUAAUGCCCAUGCAGUAUCCCAUCGCACCCAUGCAACCGAUGCCAGAUAUGCAGCUGAUGGAGAUGCAGCGGUUAAGGAUCAAUCCAUUUUUAAUGAACCAACCACAACCAUUAGUGGUACUUCUACCAAAUGAUCCACCAAAUGAAUUCAAAACCAAAGCGGACUACGGAAAAGAAGACGAAGAACUGAACUCCGUAGUAAUAGAUGCACCUGAAACACAGCCACCCAGAGCACUAGUUCUAUUACCUAACGGUAGAUUCUCCAUCGGCGAUUUUAUUUCUGCCAUCCCUUGGCUGCCGAUAGAAGUCAACGUUCCCGAUUCCAUUUCGUGGGCGUAUAAUGGAAUAGCGAAUGGUAUUGGAAGCAUAAUUUCUAUAAUCGGACAAAGACUUCCCUUCCAACGUCCGAGUGAUAGCAUGAUAGUUAAUAAUCAGUUGAAACAGAAUGCUGCUAAUCCGGUUAUGUUUCUGCCGUAUAAUACGCAAGUUAUGCAUCUUCCUAUUAAAGUUUAA